AACCCCUAAAAUAGUACAAGUACAACAAUAGUUAAAAAGGAAAUACGGAGUAAUGAGAAAGAUCAAAUAAGAGGUUCUCCUAUCCUCUUCGGAAUCAGAUCAAAUACUAGGCUCUCAUCCUCUCCCAUUUCUAAAACGUUAUAAUGGUGAGGAAGAGAAUCGAGAUCAAGAAGAUCGAGAGCUUGACGGCGAGGCAAGUGACGUAUGCCAAACGGAGAAGAGGGCUUCUCAAAAAAGCAGAAGAGCUUGCCACCCUCUGCGAUGCUGAGCUUGGGCUUAUCGUCUUCUCCGCCACCGGAAAACUCUCCGAGUAUUCCAGCUCCAGGACUUUCCUGUGUACGAAGAAAUUCGUUCCGCGGACACUUGGCUGAGUGAAAAUGGUGGCUUCGAUUUUUUGUUGGUAGAGCAGAGGAUCAUGUCUAUAGCCGGCGGCUUUAACUAGUCACAGGAUACCGGAUGAUGGAAUAAACGGUGCGGACAAUCACUUUUUGCCCAAUGAAGUAUGAUGACCGGAAUUUAUCAAAUGCAUAGAAGACAACUAAAAAUUCCUUCUCUGUGGUGGCAUAGUUCAACUCCGCAUUAUGGAACAAUCUAGAAGCAAUAAAUGGCAUGAAACUUAUCUUUUCUUUGCUCAAGUAAUACUCCAAUGGCAUGGUCAUUAGCGUUACCAAUAUUCUGAAUGGCGCUAAUCGGCCGCUAGCCGCUAGGUGUUGGACUGGCGCCCAAUUAGCGCCUAACGCCAUUAAGAAUAUUGGUGACGCUAGUGACCAUGCCAUUAGAGUACUGCUUGAGCAAAGAAAGGAUAAAUUUCAUUUCAAUGGUAAAGAACAACAACAUCCAAGCCUUAGUCCCAAGUUGGCCAUGUUUAGGAAUUCCUUGAAUGAAUCCAAAGAAUUUGGCAAUAAAAUUGAAUGGAUUUCCCCCCGGGCGGCCAUAAAGUUGAGUUGUGUUUGAAAGUUCUUUCUCUUUGAAGAUCAAGAGGUUCAAGAUGUUUAGAACCUUGACUUCUCAAAUGCAUUCAUACACAAAGGUAUGCAACAAGUUCUUGCGAGGCAAAAUAUGCAGUCAAAUAAGAUGGAGAAUCUCGAUAAUCAUCAUGAUCAUGCACCUAUCGAGCUUGAGGAUAAUCGAACCCAUGCAAAGCUAAUGAAAGACUGCAUGGACAAGGAUCGCCAGCUGAGGCAACUGAUGGGAGAAGAUAUUCAAGAGCUUGACAUGGAUGAUUUGAUUACACUGGAGAAACAGAUGGAGAGAGGAUUGAGCCGUGUUCUGAAGAUGAAGGGGCGGACUUACGCUAUAACCAGGAUAUGCAUAGGCUACACCUCAAAAUGUGCGGCACGCCUAUGUGGUAGUAAUAUUAAAAUAAAACUCUUGCUAGGCUACAAGUCAAAGGGUCAAAACGCUCUAGUGCUACACGAGACAUUACACUUGAACGAGAUAACUGCUCUCAAGAAUCAGGGUGCUUUUCUGAAGGAAGAGAAUGAACAAAUGAAACACUUCGUCCAUCAGCAGAUGGGCAGGGGGGAGAAACCUCCAUCCGAUCAACUGGUUCCUGGGCAGUCGGACAAUUCGAUCUCAGAAGCGUGCAGCCCAACUAUUAGUCAAUCUUGCCAUGGCCACUCUGAUACUUCCCUCAAAUUAGGCUUGCCUUUUCCAACUGAAGUUACAAGGAAGUGGGGGCUUACGCCAAUGAUAUGAUUUUUAAUUGGCAUGGGAUGACACAUUAUCCCAAAUAAUUUGUAUAUGAUUUCCUGAUUUCAUCUAAUAAUUUGAUAGAACGAAAGGAUUUAAUAAUGUUAUUUGUGAAAAAAUGUAAUUACUGGAGGUGAAAUUAAUCUAUGCAACUGGAGUAGAGAAUGUCCUUUGUAUCAAUCUAUAAUAUAAGUAUGUAAAAAAUGUCUGUUGUGUAUUGAAUUUUAAAAAAAAAAUGUUUUUCGUAAUAAUUAAGUGUAUAUAGGAAGUAAGGAAACUCAAUACUGCGUAUUAUGGCCGG